GGGCCAUAAUGGAAACUGGUUUGUUUGUGUGAGACCACCUCCUCAUAUCGGUCAAAUCAACAUAUUUUCCUCGGUUACUGAAGGGCCCUGCCAUGUUCUUUAAAGUACCAGACAGUAAAGAGACGGUCUGUUUCAGAGCCUAUCAAACCUUAAAGCUUAGUUACAAAAAUAACCGGUGGUCCAUUUGAUGCUGGUGCUGGCCCGUGGUGCGCUGCCACUCGACACCCGUGGCUUGUUCUGAUGUGAGCAAUCAUGCUGGACCUGGUGUUGCUGCUUAGUUUGGACACACUGACUUCUGUGUCUAUUUUGGUAUGUUCUCAGCUCAGACUGGCCACACCAGUGAACAAGGAUCCAAGAGCUCACUUAGAUUCUUGUUUCUAUAUUUAGGAUCAGUCCAAACCGAGCUCGUCCUGAGCAUGUAGCACUCAUCACUACGGAUCUUAGUCUGAAACUGGCAGGAAGUGCAACAGGUGAUUUCCAGACCCCAGCAUGUCCACGAUGCCGACUUGAGCUGAAGUCAAAUUAGAAAAACCUGCAAAGUUGCAGCAGCUAAAAAAAGGUGAUGCACAAACAGUAAGACACUUGCUGGCACCAUGAGCUGCUUGGAGAAGCAACACACAAGUCAUCGGCUGGGGAGCAUGCUUCACCAUCGCUUCCCUAACGGGUUCACAGACCUGUUCAUGGACGAGACCGACCGGGAGGUCAGCACCCUCACUGACAGAGCCUUCCGCAGUCUCUGCGUUGGAGACGACGCAGUUUACAACGACGACUUCUUGUAUGGAUAUUCACCUUAUAGCUGCCUCAAACCUUUGGCAGGGGAGCCGCUUAAGAAAAAAUAUCCCAAGGAAUCUAAAAAGGAAGAGCCACACAAACCUGACAAAGGGGUUUCUCAGUCCUGGAAACAGCAGCAGCAGAGCAUAUCCCACAUGUCAUCAUUCCUUAAGGUGUUCAGUGCUGCAGAGGAAAGCUGUGAAGGAAUGAUAAUCAGAAACGGAGACAUGACAGAUUCUAAUGGAGAAUCAUGGGAUAAAUCUGCCCUGCGCAGCAUAGAGAAAGAGUUAUCAGAGUUUUCCUCUAAUUGUCACACGAGUCUCCAAAACAGGCAUCACAAGAACCAGCUGCCGCAUCAGUCUGGAAACGGUUCGACUAAUAAAAACAGCAAAGACGUCAACCUUUCAUCUGGGAAAUUCACAAGGAUUAAACACGGAAAAUCUACUGUCAAGCUACGGAAACUUAACAUCAAAAACUUCUUCCUUCACAGCGAGCUCAGUCCUUUCCAAACAUGGACAGACUGUAACCGGUUUCCUUUUGCCCAAGAAAACACAGUCGGCAAUAUUCUCUCCACAGAUAAUAUCUCUAAAUGGUACGAUUUGCCAUUUUAUAAGAAGCUAACUGAAGCACACAGAAAGGAGACUCUUCAUUCUGAAGAGGCACAGACAUGCCAAAAACAACAAGUGGAUCCCUCUGACACCAACGUUUCUAAACCCAACCCUGCCCCCCCAGUUGUUUUACCAAAGCCCUCUGCUCCUCUGGCUGAGAAGAGGUGCUCUUCAGAUGGGGGGGAUGCACAUGCUGCCCCCUGGAGGCGCAACAAGUCCAGAGCAAAAAGUACAGUUCCAGCCAAUCAGGUUGGAAUACCACCUCAAGAGAGCAACUCAAAAACAACCAAUGAAAGUAUUUUGUUGCCCAAAAAGGAAAUAAAAUCUGUGGAAGUGAAAGCGGUUGAGGAUGACAGCCCUUUGGCCUCUACUCCGUUCAGCAUCUGCCAGCUGAUGACACCAGUCAUUCCCUCCAGACAGCCAACGGAGACUUCAGAAGUCCUCCAAGCUGUUCUCUCACCCUCAGUUUGUGAUCUCCUGGGAAGGCCUCACUCUGAGGUCAAAGGAACUCCUGAACCUCCAGUUAAGAGGGAAAGCUACAAAUCACUGGCAUCCAGCAUCCUCUUCAACCUGAAGGACAACAGGAAGAGGGUGAAGAGUCGAUACAGUCCACCUAAAUUCAUAACUUCUGAGGUGCCCGAUGGUGGACCCCAGUCUCCACAAACAGACUGUGUAAAUCAAGCUGCUUCUGAAGACACUCCAUCUGGUUUAAACACACCUGAUAUUCUGAAAGAUGCACUGGCAGUUUUCAGUCCUCCUUUGGAACCUUUAGUAUCCUCAAAUGUUGAUCUUACAAAGCAUGACAAGACUCUAUCAGAUGACUAUUUGUUGUCAAACUUGCUGCAGAACAAACAGGAUUCUGUAGGCAACAACCAUGGAGAAGAGUACCCCAAUUCUCCAUUUAUACCAUUAAAGAAAAACAAAAGCCCCAUGGCUAAAAAGCAAAACUAUCCCUCUUUGAAUUUGUAUAAGAAAGCCAGUCCUGCUGACACUGAUGUUAAAUAUCUUCAGGUACCUCUGAGCAUCAGCACUCCAGCAAAUGUUCCACCUGCUGAAACAAAAGACGGAGAGCUUCCAAAAAACACAGGGCUUUCACCAAAAACUCUGAACGUAGUCAAAGAUUUUUCACCAAUGAUUUCACCCUGCUCAGAUGAGAAUGUGGGGCUGUCACCGGGUUGGAAACAACUACCAAAUGUCCCAGACAAAACUAAACGCAUGGUGAAAAACACAAGAGAAAAAUACUCUUGUUUGCAACCAACUUCUGAAGAAAACAAUCCAGGUGGGCAAACGAGUAUGAUGAAUGUGAUCAGAGCAGCAAGAGAUGCAAUUAAUUCAGCCAGAAAUAAAGCUCAAUCUGCAAGUUAUCCAGAUAACAUCAAAUGGCAAAUUUCACACACUGAAGAAAUAAAGCAGAAAGACACUGAACAAAGAGUCUCGAAAGAAACAUUUGGUUGCAUAGGGCAAAGUCCAGAAACAGCAAAUGAUGUUUUAUCACAAAAUACUGCUACUGGUGAAUUGCUGAUUGGCAAAAGCAGCCAUUCGAACAGAGAGCCUCCUCCUGUUCCAAAAAGAAACUUCGCCAAAUCAAGCAUACGACACUCUCUGGACAAACAGACACGAUGUAAAGUUGACAAAGCCUCUAGUGGUGAUUUGAGGGAUGAUAAAGUGAAUUUUUCACCAAAGCAAAAUGAACCUGUCUCAAAACAAGAUAAGCAGAAACAUGCAUUCUCAGCUAGACAGAACAAUUAUAUCAAGCAUCAAAGAUAUGCAGUGACAGACGACGAGCAAACAAAGGAGUAUAAGAAAAACCGUACGAAAACAAGGACGGGAAAAGAGACGGAUAACGAAACAACCUCUUUAGAAGAAAUGAGAGAGAGUGAGCAUAUUUUUAAUGACUUGCAGGCUGCGAAAGUGCUAGACAGGGUGCGACUAGGUGAUAGAAUGCUUGAGUUUGCAAGAACCAAAUUAGAAGUUCUUAAAACUGAUGAGGAGACAAAGGUUGAAAAUGAGCUGAUCUCUAGGGAACUUCGUAACAUAAAGAAAGGCAUGCUAUCCUUGAGAGGGAACACGUCAGCUAAGAAAAAAAUAUUUGCACAAAAAGAGAAAGAGGCUUUCACAAACGUAGACAGUCAUGUUAUUGCGAACAAAGCACUUGACAAUUAUGACAGAGCUAAAAUGGCACUUGAAGAGGUUAUUUCAGAACGGGAGAGGAAGAAGACAGAGGAAGGUUCAGUUCUGACAUCUGAAGAAAAGGACAGAAGUUCUGAAACACGGGUGCAGGAGGGCACCAAAGACUGCAUCACAGAGCUCAGAGAGGGUCAGGAGAGAUUAGGGGACUUUAGAAACCAGAAUCAGCUGAGACAGACUCAACCUGGUGAGACUCAGAAAUCAGGUGGUAGGGCUGAUUUACCUGACAGGAACACUGUUAGCAAUGAACAAAAUGCUACUCAAAACUCAGAGUUCUAUUUUGAGGGACACAGCAGGUCUACUGAAGAAGGUAGAAAGUACUCUAUGAAUGAAUGUGUGGACAAAACACUUGGUACUCCUCUUGUUCCCCCCAGGAACAAAAAAGGAGGUAACAAAAGAGACGGAAGCAUAACUGAAGAGAAAAAUACAGAUGGUGAAAUUGUCAAAAGCAAAGGUGAAAUUAUUGAAAACCCUGCUGAACAGUAUGUUCAGACGAGGACAAGUUCAGAAAUUAAAGACGCUCCACCCACUCAAUAUGAAACUUUAUUAUACAAAGAGAGGCAGGAUAAUGUGAAUAACGCCAAUUUAAAAUUAAACACUGCUACAGAUAGCAAAACAUGUGGGUCAGCGUUAUUGUUAAAUGACUCACUAUCUGAAAAUGCAGCUUGUUUAUCAACAAAACUAAGAGAAAAUGAAAGUAAGGGAGAUAGCUCUCAGAUUAUCAUGUGUCCAAAUGAGGGUGAUGAUUCUCAAAAGACUAGCAAGAAAAAGCAAAAGUCCCCGUUAAAACCCGACCACUUAAUCAGGCCAGACGAAAAUACGACCAAGAGUCCCAAACAAGAAACACAAACUGAUAAAAUAAAUAAUGAAGAUGCGGACACAGAGGCUUUCUGUGAAAUACCCAGAAAUAUAGUUUCACCCUUACUGUUACUAAAUGGUAUCAGCAUGGCUCAGAGUCCACCAGAUCAAGGCAGCCUGUCCUCUAAAUCCUCCUACUUCUCUGUGGAGAGUGCACUGCCAAGAAACACAGAGACAGAGUCAAAUGUCUACCACUCUUUGGAAAACCUUGCUCUCGAGGUGGAGAAGGCUAAUGGGCCAGGGCAGACUGUUUUACAAAAAGAAAUGGACAAAGUUUUGGUGGAAUAUUAUUCUUUAAAUGAUUGUGAAAAGGGCUUGGAGGAAAAAAUGCUCCAGAUGAAGACUCCUCGGAAAAAGCCAGAGGAUGCGGACAGAAACAACACAGAGACUGUCACAACAAAUGAACAAAAAACUCAUGAUGAAAAUGAUCCAACAGUGUCACCCACUACUACUUUUUCUCCAACUUCUGAAAUACCUGCCUUGUUCAAAAUCAAAGACAACACUUUCAGUAACAGGACAAAGAAGCCUGUAGUGCCCUGGUCACCAAGAGGGAGUCUGAAUACAUCAGAAAUGAUAGAAAAAAAGUCACAUCCCACAAAGGAAAAUCCAGAGUUCUCGCUAGUAAAUGAAACUUGUGCCAUCAAUACUGCUGUGACUCCUUCAGAACUGCUCAAUACUGGAGAGAAUUUAUCACCACUGCUGUCACUUUUAUCUUCAAAAGAAAACCCAAAGAAAGCCCAGGUUGGAGUGUUCCUCACUGUCCCACAGGAAGACGACACAUCUUCUCGAGUGACGCCAUCAUCUGAAGGUAUGGAAAGCAUAACAACCAGCACAGCUGACACAGCUGACAAGGCAGGAAUGAAUGCUGGGGUUCUGGUAGAGAGUGAAAGCACAAAGGCUCCCAGUAAACCAUCAGAAUCCAUCUGUAGCGGCAGCGACAACCAAACAGAGCUGCCCAAGCCUCCAGUAAUAUUACCCAAAUCUGAAAAGGCAGUUUUAAAAGCCAUUAAGCUGACAAACAGAAGGAUGAAGAAGGAAGAGGCCCAGAGGUUGUCUCAAAAAUCAUCUCAAACCAGCAGUAAACACACAGCAGAUAGGCCGAAGAGUGAUAAAUUAGAGCAGAAAACCAACAGCAGCGCUAAAACUGGCAGGAAAAGUGACAAAAAACACAUAGAAAAAAAUAAAGACAGUACUCCACAUCAUGAAAUUCACCUUAGCCAUGACAAUACCCAGAGUGAGCCACCACAAAGCUACAAUAAAAACCAUCAUCACAAGCAAGCAACAAUGAGCCACACAACUCAAAGACAGAGCCAUGAUUCAGUGGAUUGCAUUAACCAGAACAGAGACAUGCCACCUGAGAGAACUUUAGAAAGACAGGGACGCAGCAGCAACAGACGAGUUCAAGAAAAAACAAAGCAGAGACAUUACAGCAAUGACAGAAUCGUCGGUACUGCACCUGUAUACAAAGAUCCGGCUGACGAGAGGCCAACCUCAGACAGGUCCUUCCAUCGGUCCCAAAGCAUCGACAGGUACAUGGUAGGCAAAGCAGAGCUCAGUGCUCAUGUGUCAACCAAUGAAAAGCUUGAACCCAGGGCUCAGCGCAUUGAGAAAUCCAUUAUGCAUGAGCUUCAGCAAAGAGGACGAGCCAGAAACAAGGAAAGCCAAGGCAACCCACUGAGAAGAAGUCAUAGCAUUGAUGCCUACCCCACUGAAGCGCCACUUCUGUCCCGCCAGCUGAGCAACAGUAGCCAGCUCUCUCGUCAGUCUAGCAUCGAGCACACUAUUGUCACACAGUCCUUCCCUAUGACUCAACGGAAACUCCUCCAGGAUCCAGACUCUGGGCAGUACUUUUUUGUUGACUUGCCUGUACAAGUCAAGACAAAAACGUUCUUCGAUCCCGACACAGGGAGCUAUGUCCAGCUGCCACUCCAGACACCAGAUGGCGCUCUUCCUCAUGCAUCCCACAUGGAAGUCCUGACUCCACCGAUGGUUGUUUACCACAGCUUUGUGCCUGUCCCUCUGUCCCCCAUGGCUCGUAACGCCACCAUCCAAACACCUCAGAUAGAGCUGAAUGAUUUAGAGCAGAAGCAUUUGGAAAGGGUGAGACAAAAGCACUGUAAAGAGGGACAUCCAUAUUUGGAGCCUGCCUACAGCCAACAGGACCAUUUGUUGGGAGAGUUCAUGAGCACAGAGGAACUGGACUGUCCCAGUUGAGGAGGUUUUUCAUUUAUAAAAUUGUGGUGUUCAUUGCAUUCCCGGAGUUAUUUUUGUGAUGUUUUUGUGAUUUAUGUUUUUUAACUUAUUUCCAGCUUACCUUCCUUCAGCAUAAUUCAGUCAGAUCAUCAACAGUUUACAGACAUUAAAGGGAUAGUCUGGUCAUUUUUAAGGUUUUCUGUCAAAUAGUUAUGAAUAGUUAGAAAGAUCAAUUAUGACAUCAGUUAUAAAGAGUAGUGAUAAAAGGGCAAAAGUUCUAGUUUAGACUAUGUUGAUGGAUAAUGUGCCUGUUUUUAUUACUGUUUUUGAGCCACAUAAAACAACUCAUUCUAAAAAAUGACAUACUGGUGUGAACUUCUACACUUUUGCAGGAUACUGCUUGUAGAUUUUGCUGCUGUUUUUUUGUGUUAUGAUAUGAAUGUACAAAUUGCUUGCUGAGGAUGAUGGACUGUGUGUGUGCUGAAGCUUCUGAACGUGUCAAUCUGCCCGAUCAGCACAUCUGAUCAAUGAAAAACAUUACUCAACUCAGUGGAAGGAUACGUUCAUUAGCCUCAGCGCCAUCAGCAUACAGUCCAAUGGUCUGUGUUCUGUACACAUAUUGUACAUUGUACAAAGGUGUAGAUGUUACCAUAUGUAGUGUUUUUUCACACAGGAAUGUUGUUCUUGACAAAUAGUUAUUUGGCUAACUAUUAGCCUGAUUAACACUUUUUCACUUCUCUCUUUGCUUUGUGCUCUCUGAUUGAUGUCUUUAAGGUAGUAUGGAUAACUAUUUGACAGAACGUCACCUCAAAUGUGACCACAGAAUAAAUAAUGGUAAAAAAAAGUAUCUCAAAGUUAUAAAAACACAGCAGUGACAGUUUUAUUGACUGUAAGAAAUGUAGAAAAAGUUCAACAGCUUAGUGAACUGGUCAUAGACUGAGUAGUAAGAAAGCACCUUAAAACACCACGUAAAUGGUCCUGGAAAUGCAAAGUACACCUUUUAUGCAGUGUUACAAGAUGGACUUUUUCUUUAUUUCUCGGUUUGUGUUUAUUCUGGUCUCAUUUUAAUUUGAAAUCAAACACAACGCAGAAGGAAUCCUGGUUUUACGAUUCUACCCAAAUCUUCACUUGGAUUGUGAGAAAACUAAGUUUGGUAAAAAUUUACGAGACAUAUUUAAAACUUAAAUUUUAUUUGAUGAAUGUUGUAUAGAUGUUGAUUGUAAGAAAAUGUUAAAUGUUUGAGAAGAUUAAAGUUACAUGGAUUGUCCAUGUACAUAGUGUUUGAAGGUGAAAUGUUUAUUUUUUGUAAAUGCUGACUGUUGUACUUUACAGUAGUGUGGUGGAACUUUUCCAACAUUUCAGAUAUUUUAGCUUUUUUUCUUAACUGAAAAGCUUGUGUUUUGGAAAUUUAUACUUUUACCAGACAGUUUAAAAUGAUUUCCCAAUGGGAAUACUUGAAUCUUAUUAAAGUAACUUAAAACCACCUGCCAAAAUUUUGUAUACUGAUUUUGACUAAAUAUGUACACAAAACAAAAGUUUUGAGAUUGUUUUCAAACGUCAAAAAUGUGAGUUAUUUUAUGGAAAAGCUUGUGGUAUCAACCACUGCAUAUAUUUUUAAUUAAAAGGUAUAAAAAAGAGAAUUAGUACUGACAUUAGUUGCCUUUUCCUGAACAGGAGUUAAGCAGAACUGUCGUGCGUCUGUGAUCCAUUCCAAUAAAAACAGCUGUUUUUCUUC